GCAAUGUUCUACUUUUUCUUUAAUUUACAGAUACAUGAAGAUUAUUAUCACAUUCACUCCCCCUUAACAGAAAGGAGAAAAGAAGAGAAAAUAAUAAGACUGCUAGUAUCGUUUCACGCUCUCUGUUUCAUCAAAAAUUCUACAGAUAACUUCGGAAAUCUCGAACAUUAAAGAAGAAGAAGAAACACCUUUCAGGAUGUCGAGUGAGAGACAUGCUUCUUCCACUUCCACCACCCCUGAAGACAACGCCAUGUUUCUCGACAUACUGCACGAGGCUCCUUUAUUAGGGCACCGGAAGUCUAGAAGUCUUUUCGGAAGCUAUGUUUACUUUGUCAUAUUGGUAGGUUAUGCUAUCUUGGCUGCAGCAUCUCCAUGGAUAUUUCACCUGAUACGAAAAUUAGUCCCACCAUUGCUUUGCAGUUGCAAUGUUGCUCUCCUACUAGUCACAGGCAUCUUUCAACAAUAUCUAGUUUAUCAAGUCCACAAAAUACGGUUACAGGGAUAUUAUAGUUUCAGUCAGAAGUUGAAGCAUAUAGUUCGUUUGCCAUUCGCAAUUACUGCAUAUGGAACUGCUGCAAUGGUACUUGUCGUGGUUUGGAAUCCUCAUAUCAAUUUUCUUCCCAUCUCUACUUUGCUAAGGAUCAUUAUGUUGGUUGAAGCAAUAUGUGCUGGUUCCUUUAUGAGUGUAUAUAUUGGUUAUGUGCACCAGUACAAUUCCUUGAAUUCUCAGCCUGAUGUUCUAAAGUCAUUAUAUUCUCCCCUUCAACCGUCAAGUUCUUUGGAAGGUUUGAGGUAUCAAGAAGGUGGUCGCCUCUCUGAUCAGCAAAUGGCCUUGUUACAAUAUCAGCGUGAAAAUCUUCAUUUUUUAAGUGAGGAGGUAAAUGGUUGUCUAAAACUAUCACAUCGAUACUUGUACAUCAUUGGUGUUGAUCUUGCUCAUCUGUUAGCAGCUCGUGAUCAGGAGUUGCGGACACUUUCAGCUGAGAUGGAUCAGCUUCAGUCUGAACUUAGACUUGCUCGUUCUUUGAUAGCUGAGAGAGAUGCCGAAAUCCAGCGUGUACGCAGUACAAACAAUCAGUAUGUUGAGGAGAAUGAAAGGCUGAGAGCCAUUUUAGGAGAAUGGAGUACGCGGGCAGCGAAGCUUGAGAGAGCGUUGGAGGUUGAGCGGAUGUCAAAUCUUGAUUUGCAAAAGAAAAUUUCUCUCCUGAGAAGCCAAUCCCAGGAGUCAGCCGCCCCUAUUGAGCAGCAGCAGUAAACCUAUCUAUUCAGUUUAUAUCCAGGUAUGCAGUAAUUUGUCCCCAAGUAACUGCACUGAAAUUAUUUGUAACACAUCAGAGGAAGUUUGAAGAAGAGGCAUCGCAGUGCUAGCACUACAAAGAUGUUUGAAGUGAUAUAGAUUUUUCUUUCCUUUUUGGUUCUUUGUAGGCCAUUGUAUAUGACAAUAUAUGAAGCCGAAGUCUUUUAUAUGGGAUAUGAAAUCUUUGUUUUGUCCGAUCUUGUGAUUCCUUUUAAUCUAUCAAGUGAUGGUAUUUUUGAUUCA